AUGAAGAAAAUGAGGACAGCACUGAUUGUAGCCGUAAUUCUCUCAGCUAUUACCAUGACUGCUUCUUAUAGAAAGAAACCAUUGUGUGAAAUGUGCGAAGGACUCAUAGAGAAAGUCGAUGAAGUGCUCGAGAAAGGAGGAGAUAUUGAGGAGGCCGUGGACGAAUUCUGUCGAGAAGAUGUUCCAAGUUUUCUCGUGGAAUACUGCGAAAAGAUAAUUUCUAAGAAUCUCAAGGAAAUCAUCGAAAAACUCAAGGACCACGAAUCUCCAGAGAAAAUAUGCACAGAUAUUUAUCUUUGCUCCGCUUGA